AUGGGAGGACAGUGUAAGAAUCAGAGCCAGCCAGGGCCUCCCGGAGCCUUGGCACUGGGGAGAGCCAGACGAAAGCAGGACAAUACAUGUCCCACCAAUGGUGGAGUGUUUGGGGAGGAGAACCCCAUCUUCCCAAGGUCCUUUCACACUUUCACCUUUGCAUCCUGGGAGUCACAUCCCCAUGUCCAUUGGGCCCUGUGUGUGGGGACGGUGGUAAAGGAGACAGACGUGGAGACUGUCCUCCAGUCCCUCACACCAGGGGGACAGGCAGAUGGGAUCGUGGCUGCCGGGGUCAUCUCAGCCCUGAUUGUCUGUGUGGCUCAAUUCUCCCCAGAACUGCUGCCCCCGGAAGGCCCCCAAACUUUCCUCCAGUUUCUCCAGGACAGCAAGGAGUCGAGGGGUGGGCCGGCGGGCAGCCUCGUCUUCGUCACACCACGGCAGCAGGAGUGUCUGGUGGGUACAGAUUGUGCCUGUUCUCGUCUGCCCUGUUCCCCGCCACUGCUGCCAGGGAAUGCAGCUGGAGGAAGAUCCUUGUCGGACCUGGCUUCAGGGUCUGGGCUCAGGGAUGCAGGCUGCAGGGUUGGAGAGCAGGGCCACAAGAGGGCUUGCCGCAGGUGGGGCCUGUGCCUGGAUGAUUCUCCUGCCAAGGACAUCAUUGACUUCCCCUUAGUGCUACCCGGCGUCCUCUAUGAUGUGAGCCACCAGUGCUGCCUCCAGUACGGGGCCUACUCUGCCUUCUGUGACGACAUGGAUAAUGUCUGCCACACACUUUGGUGCUCUGUCGGGACCACCUGUCACUCCAAGCUGGAUGCAGCCGUGGACAGCACCCGGUGUGGGGAGAAGGAGUGGUGUCUCAAUGCGGAGUGGGUGCCCGUGGGCUUCUGGCCUGAGGCCGUGGACGGUGGCUGGUCUGGCUGGAGCACCUGGUCCAUCUGCUCGUGGAGCUGUGGCAUGGCCGUGCAGAGCACUGAGCAGCAGUGCACGCAGCCUGCGCCCAAAUACAAGGGCAAGUACUGCGUGUGGGAGCGGAAGCGUUUCUGCCUCUGCAACCUACACGCCUGCCCCUCUAGCUGCCCCUCCUUCUGCCAUGUCCAGUGCAGCCACUUUGAUGCUAUGCUCUACAAAGGCCAGCUGCACACAUGGGUGCCUGUGGUCAAUGAUGUGCACCCCUGUGAGUUGCACUGCCAGCCCUCAAAUGAGUAUUUUGCCGAAAAGCUGCAGGACGCGGUGGUUGAUGGCACCCCCUGCUACCAGGGCAGGGUUAGCCGGAACCUCUGCAUCAAUGGCAUCUCCAAGAAUGUGGGCUGUGACUUCGAGAUUGACUCUGGUGCCAUGGAGGACUGCUGUGGCGUGUGCCACGGCAAUGGCUCCACCUGCCACACCGUGAGCGAGACCUUAGAGGAGGUCGAGGGCCUGGUGUAUGUGGACGUGGGUCUGAUCCCAGCUGGCGCACAUGAGAUCUGCAUCCAGGAGGUGGCGGAGGCUGCUAACUUCCUGGCACUGCAGAGCGAGGACCCGAAGAAGUACUUCCUCAACGGCGGCUGGACCAUCCAGUGGGACAGGGACUACCAGGUGGCAGGGACCACCUUCACAUAUGCAUGCAGGGGCAACUGGGAGAACCUCACGUCCCCAGGUCCCACCAAUGAUCCUGUCUGGAUUCAGCUGCUGUUGCAGGACAGCAACCCCGGGGUGCACUAUGAGUACACCGUCCACAAGGAGGCAGAUGCCCAUGGCGAGGUCCCACCGCCCGAGUUCUCCUGGCACUAUGGACCCUGGACCAAGUGCAUGGUCACCUGCGGCACAGGUGUGCAGAGGCAGUGUGUGUACUGCUCGGAGUGGCAGGCAGGGCCUGUGGACGAGGGGCACUGUGACCCCCUGGGCCAGCCUGAUGACCGCCAGAGGAAGUGCAGUGAGUAGCCCUGCCCUGCCAGGUGGUGGGCAGGUGAGUGGCAGCUGUGCUCCUGCGGGCCUGGGGGCCUCUCACGCCGGGUCAUGCUCUGCAUUCACAGCGUGGGGCUGGAUGAGCAGAGCACCCUGGAGCUGCCCGCCUGUGAACACCUGCCCCGGCCCCCAGCUGAAACACCCUGCAACCGCCACAUGCCCUGUCCAGCCACCUGGGCUGUGGGGCUUCCCCCGCAGUGCUCAGUGACAUGCAGGGAGGGCACUCGGCACCGAAGUGUCCUCUGCACCAAUGACACUGGUGUCCCUGACGAGGCCCAGCAGCCAGCCCGCCAAGUCACCUGCUGUCUGCCACCCUGUCUGCGGCCCCUGAACACACUGGUCCCUGACGGCUCAGGCAGCGGUUCCUCUAGCCACAAGCUCUUCAAUGAGGCUGACUUCAUCCCGUGUCGCCUGGCCCCACGCCCUUCACCCACCUCAGCACCCAGGCCAGCCAGCAUGGGCAAUGCCAUGGACGAGGAGCACCUGGAGCUGGACCCGCCGGGGCCCGUGUUUGUGGACGACUUCUACUACGACUACAAUUUCAUCAACUUCCAUGAGGACCUGUCCUACGGGCUUGAGGAGCCCGAUCUAGACCUGGCGGGGACAGGGGAUGGGACGCCCACACCAUGCGGCCGUCCAGCUGCGCCCUCCACAGGUAGCCCCGUGUUGGCCACAGAGCCUCCUGCAGCCACGGAGGAAGGGGCACCGGGACCUUGGUCCCCUUGCUCUUGGCCCAGCCAGGCAGGCCGCUCCCCACCCCCACACUCGGAGCUGACCCCUGGGAAUCUGGUCAAUUUCCUGCCUGAGGAAGACACCUCAAUAGGGGCCCCAGACCUUGGGCUCCCCAGCCUGUCCUGGCCCAGUGUUUCCCCUGAUGGCAUGCAGAUGCCUGCCACCCCUGGGGGCCAAAAUGACUUGGUUGGCGAAGACAGCCAGCGCCAGCUGCACCCUCCAUGGUGGGACAGGAUCAAUGAGGUUCCCAAGGAUGAUGAGGAACCGGAGGGCCACAGAGACCCCCAGCUGCCCCUGAGACCCAGCCCCACGCUGCCCCCUUUGUCCCCUGUCGGCAGCACCCACUCCUCUCCUGGUCCUGAUGUGGUAGAGCUGUGGACAGGAGGGACUGUAGCCUGGAAGCCAGCUCUGGAGGGGGGCCUGGGGCCUGGGGACAGUGAGUUGAGGGCCACUGUGGAAGUGGCUCCUCCCCUUCCUCCUCCCAUAGCCCCUCUGCCAGAGACGGAAGGCAGGGACAGCCCCCUGCAGCCGGGGACUCCUAACUCCCCAACCCCAGGACCAGGCUCCUGGGACCUGCGGACUGUGGUAGUGUGGGGCACCUUCCUCCCCACGAUCCUGACUGGCCUCCGGCACACACCUGAGCCUGAGCCUGCCCUGAGCCGGGGACCCGAGGGCCAGCCUGAGUCCCAGCCUGAGGUGCUCCUGAGCUCUGGGCUGCUGUCCAUGCCAGCUUGGGACAGCCCUGCAAACAGCCACAGCCCUGAGACCCAGCCCCCAGCCCCCAGCCUGGCUGAGGCAGGGCCCCCUGUGGACCUGCUGGCUGCCAGGAACACCAGCUGGCAAGUUGGAAACUGGAGUGAGUGCUCCACCACCUGCGGCCUGGGUGCCAUCUGGAGGCCAGUGCGCUGUAGCUCCGACCAGGAUGAGGACUGCGCCCCUGCUGGCCGGCCCCAGCCUGCCCGCCGCUGCCACCUGCGGCCCUGUGCCACCUGGCACUCGGGCAACUGGAGUAAGGUCUGCGGUGGAGGCUCCUCAGUGCGGGAUGUGCAGUGUGUGGACACACGGGACCUCUGGCAGCUGCGACCCUUCCAUUGUCAGCCGGGGCCAGCCAAGCUGCCCGUGCACCGGCCCUGCGGGGCCCAGCCCUGCCUUAGCUGCUACACUUCUUCCUGGAGGGAGUGCUCUGAGGCCUGUGGUGGUGGUAAACAGCAGCGUCUGGUGACCUGCCCGGAGCCAGGCCUCUGCGAGGAGACACUGAGACCCAACGCCACGCGAACCUGUAAGACUUACCCCUGCACGCAGUGAGUGGUGGGGCCCUGGGGCCAGUUGAGCGGGCUGUGUGGAGGAGCAGGGAGCAAGGGCUUGGCGGCACCUGGUCGGUCCUGGCCCUCCCCCUGGAAUGCCCCUUCCCAGGUGGGGGGCGCUAAGGUUCAGAGAGGUCACCUUGCAUCCUACCGGGGCUACUGCUCACAUUCUACUCUCCCACAUAUGGCAUCCCCGGGCAAAAGGCGAGUGGGACCCUGGAGCCUGCAUGUGGCAGCUGCGGCUGCUUGGUCGGAUUUAAAGCCAGAACCGCCUCGAGCCAGCAGCAGUCUUGUCUGCUACAGUACAGCUGUCAGCUCAGUGACAGGGAGUGCCCGAGGCUACCUGGGUGAGAAGCCGCCCGCACAUCACAUUGAUAUGGACAAGACCUUGAACCAGUCAGCCUAG